CAAUUGUGUCUAGUUUGUUUAUUGGAGCGAGCUUUAUAUUGAAAAAGAAAGGACUCAGGCGUGCUGCUGCUGCGGGUACUCGGGCAGGCUUUAAGGACGCUAUUGAGCUUUAAAUGAGCAAGUGCAGUGAUAGACUAUGCCUGUCAAUUAUGAGACGUGACUCACCAAUGCAAGUAAUCUCAUUUUCGUGCAAUUGAUGAAUGCUUAAAUAUGAGCUUUGGCUGGCGAAGUGUUAUUGUAUUUCAAAGCUAUGUUUCAAUGGAGUGUUCGCGCUGGUGUCUUUGUCAGUGAUGGAAAUGGCAUAGACGUGUAAUGGAAACUACAGUCACACUGCAUAUGGAGGGGUUUAUUCUCUUCUAGAAAUCUUUAUACAAAGGCAGUUAAGCUCAAAAGUUCAUUUGGGACUGAAGUUGUCACUUCUAAGAACAGAACAAAACCCCACUCAAGGAUGAACAGGCCACUGUAAUUUGGGAGUGCAUGCAUGAUAUUUGGAAUUAUUUAGCAAGCCCCACAACAAAUUAUCCUUGAUCCAUUAACCUUUAUACACAACCUCCAUUUCUUAUGUUAAAAGAAAGGUUUUGGAGGCUACACUUAUCUACUAGAACCUCUUUGGUGGACUGGCAUGAUUACAAUGAUUGUUGGAGAAGUAGCAAAUUUUGUAGCUUAUAUUUAUGCUCCAGCUGUUCUUGUAACCCCUCUUGGUGCAUUGAGUAUAAUUGUUAGUGCUAUUCUGGCACACUUUAUGUUGAAAGAGAAGCUGCGACAGAUGGGUAUACUGGGAUGUGUAUCUUGCAUUGUGGGAUCUGUAGUAAUUGUAAUUCAUGCUCCUCAGGAACAAAUGCCAACUUCAGUACAAGAAAUCUGGAUUUUGGCUACUCAACCAGCAUUUCUGAUUUAUGUAGCGGCUACAGUAUCAAUAGUUCUAGCUCUGAUUCUACAUUUUGAGCCUCACUAUGGGCAGACAAACAUACUGGUUUACUUAGGAAUUUGUUCCCUAGUGGGUGCUCUAACGGUAGUCAGUAUAAAGGCUAUUGGUAUUGCAAUAAAGCUUACUUUGGAGGGGAUCAAUCAAAUUGGAUAUCCCCAGACUUGGUUUUUCUUUUCAGUUGCAGUAAUCUGUGUGAUCGCACAGUUAAAUUAUCUCAACAAGGCACUAGACACUUUCAGUGCGGCAAUUGUUUCUCCAAUAUAUUAUGUGAUGUUCACAACUCUGACUAUCAUUGCAAGUGCUAUAAUGUUCAAGGAUUGGUCAGGUCAGAAUGUGAGCAGUAUAUUGUCUGAGAUAUGUGGAUUUGUCACUGUGCUUUCAGGAACAGUCAUACUUCAUAUGACAAGAGAAGAGGAACAAGCAACGUCACAAGGAACCAUAACUUGGUAUGAUGGAGAUCAAACAAAAAGCUUGGAGGAUGAACAUUUUACCAGGUUGCAUAAUUCUGAUUACUUUGACCAACUAAAUUUUCCCCUUGAGACGAAUGUGAGAACAUAAUCCCGGACCCGUAUUGGCAUCCAAAGUACAAUCAUUGAUUUGCAAAGCACAGUUUCUUAUUCUUAUUAGAAAAUCUCAUGGGCGCCUAAAUUAGAUGUGCGAUCUCUCUGCAAGUUUUCUUUUGAUGGCUUAGAGAAAUACUGCAUGACCUCUCACUUUUUUUUUUUAAGUUGGUAUGGUCGUAAUCUUAGAAGCCAGCCGUUUUAAGCUUCACAGGAGUCGCCUAGAUUUGGUCUCGUCAAGGAUUUUCUCAUUGGUAUAUGUACAUAUUUGUAUCCUUCGGUUUUGAGGGUUAUAUGAUCAUUGAUUUGUUUCGUUAAUCAUUGUUUGAGGUUGUAGCAAUAGCGUUAAUGCAGAAGCAGCGUGUAUUUCUUGUUAGUAGAUGCUUGCCUGUUUUUUGGGGGCAUUCGGGUGAUUUGUUUAUAUGUCGUUGUAACAUUCCAGUUUCGCGUGAGGCCAUUUUGUUUGUAUUGAUAUUUUUAUGCAUAUAUAUCUUCUUUCCUUUUCUCUUCCAAAAAAUCCGAAGUUUUCCUUU